AUGGACAUGGAUAUCGGCCUCAUGUCCGCAUUAGUUCUUGCUGAGGCAGGUUAUAGUGUAACAGUCCUGGCUCGUGAAUUUCCAGGGAACAACUCGAAGAAAUGGGCAAGCCCUUGGGCGGGCGCAGGGAUUUUGCCUCACCCUGACAGCAGAGGCCAUAAUCUGCAGGCCGCAACAUUUGUCUAUUUCUGGUCUUUGGCACAUAGUGAUCCAAGCAGUGGUGUUCAGGUGGUUGAUGUGACUGAAUACUAUGAUGAUCGGAGUGAUGAUUCAACAAUCUGGUAUAAACAGGUCGUGCCCAAGUACCGUCGUCUAAGCUCUGAGGAUCUUCCCUCUGGCGCUAGAAUGGGGUUUUCACCCAUCGAUGAGGCCAGUUUGGUUCUGAAGACCUCCCUCAUGGUCAACUGCUCUGGACUUGGAGCCUUCGAUAUUGCCGCUGACGGAAAUGUUCGCCCUGUGCGAGGGCAGAUCAUGCUGGUCAAGGGGGAAUCAAAUGAAAUGGUCUUGUUCCAGGGCUCCCACUAUACCUACCAGAUUCCACGAAUGUUUAGUGGUGGCACUAUCAUCGGUGGAAUAGCACAAGAAGGCAAUAUGGACGAGGCAGUCGAUCUUGAGCUAAGGAAUGACAUCCUACAGCGUAUCAAUCUCGUUACAAAAGAACGGUACAAGGAUUUUGAUUUGAACAAGGACGUGAUCGAGGACAUUGUAGGAUUCUGGCCUGGCAGGAAAGGGGGUUACUGUUUGGAAAAGGAGAAUGGGGUAAUCCACGCCUAUGGGUUUGGCUCACUGGGCUAUACUUACUGUUGCGGUGUGGCAUCACAGGUUCUGGAGCUCGUCAAGGCUACCAAGAAGUGGCCACUAAGCCAGCUUUGA